AUGGACUAUGAAGAGGAUGAUGAUCUUUCCUUUGCAAAAUGGAUGAGUAGUUUCUGGGGCCAUAGUGUGACUGAUGAAAGAGAGAGUAAAGCACACAGGAAGCAGCAGACAAGAUCGCUGAGUGAAAGGAGAGCCUCUCUUCCGGCCAGGCUUUCUUCCAUCCAUAUGACAAGGCUUCAUGGUUCUACCAAGACCCCAUCCUCAGGCCACCUAAAAGAAUUGCAAGAAGAUCAAGAUACACAAUGCCAUUGUCAUAGGAAGGCAAGCAAAAAAUCCUCAAAUGGUGAUUCUUCCCAGGGGACAAGUGGACCAAACAGUAGAUCAAACUCCAUCCAGGAAUUUUCAGAAUCCUUUGAGAAGCAACUGCAUUUCAAAAACAAGCGCUCAGUUUCUUUGGAACCUGAAGGGAUGAAAGAGAGGAGAGAAAGAGAAAAACUGCAUAUUCCCAAGAGCAGGCCUUGUAAGAAAGCAGGAGAGAAGAAGGAGCCAAAGAGAGAGCAAGGGGAAGGAGAACACAACACGCAAUUUGCAGCAGGGAAACAUAGUUAA